UUUAUUUUAUUAGCAUUUAAUCAUGUGACUUGAUAAGAAAUGAUCUCUUGAACAGUGGUGUGCAGAGAUGGGGCUUUACUUUGUUUUAAUUUUGUCAGUAUUUACUUUAUGCAAUGUGUAUGCAGCAAAUUAUUUAGGACCUACGGAUGAAUCAAUUAAAAAUAAAAUUAGAAGGGGAGACUUAGAAGAAGGAUUCUUGGAGGACUCCUACGUUAAAUGUAAGUGGCCAACACCGCCUGUUCACGGAUAUAUUGUAGGCCCAGUUUCUGUAGACACUGGAUCUAUAAUUCAUAUAGCAUGUAACCAUAGUUAUCACUUGAUUGGUGCUAACACAAUGCAAUGUCAGGCUGUACCAAAUCCUUUUAAACAUAUGGCGUUAUGGUUUCAUCAAGUUGGAGACAUGUCUUAUAGCGAUCAACCAAAGUGCAUAAAAGAAAUAGAUCCUACACCACCUACCAAGAGGAACAAUGAUUACGAGGAAAUAAAAAAUCAAUUGACAAAACCAGGUCGUAACAACAGACCUUCGAAUGAAAAACCUGGUAAAUCUUUCAGGGUUCCAAAACAAAAUGUUCCAGAAUCUGCUAAAUCACCGAAGGAACAAGCACCCGAGGUAUCUCCACCACCACCUUUGUCAUCACAAGGAAGAGCUAAGCGAGAAUCAGAUGAUCAGAUUCUUGUCGAGUUCGAAGAAGAAAAAGAAUACAAUGAAAUGAUGGAGAGAGAAGAAGACGAAAGCGAUGAUAACAAUUCUGAAAGUGAACUGUUAGAUGGAGUAAAUGAGAAACCCGAACCAAAUUGUAUUGAACCGAGAAGCACUGGACCGUGUCGGGCAUCAAUCCUGAGAUACUUCUUCAACAAACAAUCCAAAAAUUGUGAAACGUUUACAUAUGGUGGUUGUCGUGGUAACGGAAAUAAUUUUGAGACAAAAGAAGACUGCGAAGAACUUUGCAAAUCUUACGAAAAAGUCGACAGUACGUCGAAUUCCACAUAAAUAUUUUAAAUGUUUUAUUGAAUUUAUUCGGUGAAAUGGGUUCAUCAUUCCAUAGACAAAAUUUGAGUGAAUUUAGUUUAGUGGCAACAUUGAAAUCCGCUAGACUAAGUGCUAUGAUUAUCUGCAUUUAAUGUUACCUGUAUACAACAUAACUAUGCCAUGUAUGAGACAUACAAUGAAGAGUAAGAGAGUUUAGUAUGUUUAAUAAGCUCAAUUAAGUUUACAUAAGACAUUUAUUGAAACAAACUAAAAACAAUGUGGACCAAUGUCCAAUUAUAUUUUCUUGCCAUUCAUGUUUAAAUCAAUGUCAAAUAUCAAAUCAAUUUAAUUUGAUUUGAUUAAGAAAAUAUGUAUUAGAAUAUAUAUAUAAUCAAAUUUUUACAAAGUAUUUGUAUAGUCAGACACAAAUAUUUACUAUUUAAUCCAUUUUGUGUAGAAAUGAUGUAUGGUGCUCAAUUGAUGACGUCAAACUUGGUUAUACACACUUUUAAUUGUUUUUUUUUUAUCAUUUUUAUCAGUCCAGUUUUCAAUCGAUAUAGACCGUUAUACCCUUCAUACCAGGUACAGCUUCUGCAUUUGAAGGAGGAUAGUCAAUGUAGUUUUUUUCUAAGGAGUUUAUGACUUAAUUACUACAUGUUCAAAUAGAUUUAAAGAAGGUUAUUUUCAGAUGAGCACGAACUACAGUACUGGUGAUGUAAUACAUUUGUUGUUUUACUUAACGACACAUUAAAUAUCACAUGGAUGUACAACUAUGCAACUAUGCUCAUAUAUAUUUUCACAAUUUGUUUCUAUUUAAUCAAGAAAUUAUUAUCUGUACGACACAUAUACAGACACAGAGACAUACAAAUAUACAACACAUUUAAAAAGGGUUAGAAAAUGAAAAAAACCAUAUUGUAAUAAAGAUUUAGGAAUGUACAUGUUGCAGUGUACUAUUAUUUUACCAGAUGUAUUUAUGUUAAAAAAUAUUGUGAUCAUUCUGUUGUCUGUUACUGAUUUUAUCAAAAAUAAUUGUUGUUAUUGUUAUAACUUGUAUCGUUGAAAUGAAAUAUUUCUAAAUAA